CUCUUCACUCCCCACUCUCCCACUCUCCACUCUCCCACUCUCUUAUUCAAUUCUUUCACAGGACUCGAUUCUCUCUUACUCUUUAUCAUUCUCUCUUUCUCUCUCUCUCUCUCUCUCUCUUCUAAUCCUUCACAUCUCUUGUUGCUUCAUCCUGUUCGCUUUCAAUCAUAAUGCCCUCCCUUACAGACCCUGAUCCCGGCCCUAGUCCUGGACACAUUACCGAGGCUGACAAGGAUCGUACCUCUAUCAAACUCAUGGACUUGCCAAUGCAACCAAACAAGAACAAGAAUAACAACAACAAGGACACGGACUCUGACUCUGACUCGGACACGAACACGAACACGAACACGGACACGGACAAUGUUACAGGAACCACUUCUACUUUUACUACAACCUCUGCCACUAAAAAUGCUACAUCUAAAUCAUUACCACCAACAUCAUUAAAAUCACAAUCACAAUCACAAUCACAAUCACAAUUAAAAUCUAAUCCUGAAUCAACCGAUUUAAGCAUUAGUAGCAGUCGUAGUAAAACUAGGAGUCGUAGUAACAGCACCAGCAAUAACACCACCACCACCACCAACAACAACAACAAUAGUAAUAAUAAUAAAAGUAUUGAAUCUGAUUCCGACCCUACAUUCUUGCCUGCCGACAAUGACUGCAGCAACAACAACAAGCCUUCUUCUAAAGAAGAAGAAGACCUUGUCAAGCCUCAGUACAGAGUAGGGAAUCCACCUCAUUACGAAACCCGAGAAGAACGACAGAUCCGGAUCCGGAAACAAUUCAGUCAACUCGAUUCAAAACGAUCUGGAUUCUUGGACGCCAACUCUUUGGUCACCUUCUUUGAGGACAUAACGCCGGACAAGAAUGUACAGCGACGGUAUGCGGACGAACUAUUACAGCUAUGUCAUUCCAGAAGUCUACGUAGGAAAAACAACAGCAGCAAUAGCAAUAAUGAUAGUGAGGAUGAAGAAAAGGAGGGAGAAGAAGAGUCCCUAGAUGGCUCUUUUGACUCUACAGGCUCAAGCAAUGGUAAUGGUCGUGGUAAUGGCAAUGGUACAGGUACAGGAGAUCACAACAGUCAAGAUCAGGAUGGAUCCUAUCCAUAUGACAACGACAAUCUGAUUGAUAACAACCAUAGCCAUCCUACUAAUAAGACAUUCGGAGGACAUGGAGGACAAGUACGCUAUGUUGACUUUGAAGUCUUUGUCGAGGAAAAGGAAGAGAGGCUAUGGAACCUUUUCAGAGAGAUUGACCAUAACAAUGAUAAUGAAAUCCAGGCAGAUGAGUUGCAGGCAUCAUUGGCAAAGGCUGGGAUCAACAUGACAGAUGCUGAACUACGGUUGUUCAUCAAAGCCAUGGACAAGGAUGGUGACGGUGCGAUUGAUUUUGAGGAAUGGCGUGAUUUCUUGGUGCUACUUCCUCGUGAACCAACCCUCAAAGAAAUCUACAACUAUGUUCAGGAAGUGGUGGCCCAGGUUGGCGUAGACGGAGAUGUUGUCAUGCCACCCUCCGAGAAUGAUUACGUUGCCAGAUACUUGUUGGCUGGCGCCAUCGCUGGUGCAGUCUCGAGAACAGCCACUGCACCACUGGAUCGACUCAAAGUAUAUCUCAUCACCAACUCAGUCCCGGCAUUAACAGGUCCGGCUGCACAGGCUGGCCUUAAACACAUUUCAAAGUUCACCUCACCCAAACCCAUGACUGUCGCUCCUGUCAAACAAAGGCUCUUAUGGAAUGCAAUCAUAGAUCUGUAUCAUCAGGGAGGUAUCAGGACAUUUUUCAAAGGCAAUGGACUCAAUAUUAUAAAGAUUGUACCAGAAUCUGCCAUCAAGUUCUAUACAUAUGAAACUAGCAAGAGCUUUAUUGUGAACCAUAUUCCUGCCAUGACAGUCCAUUCACAUCACGACCCAAACAGCUCCGGGACAAGAACACAUACAGCUCCACACCGACCCGAGAUUGCAACCUCGGGACGUUUCUUGGCAGGUGGUGUAGCCGGAGUGGUAUCUCAAUUCUCCAUUUAUCCAUUGGAGACGAUCAAAACCAGAAUCAUGUCGUCUACAGUCAGGACUAGCGGUAGUGGCCCAGCUUCUUCAUCUUCAUCUUCAUCUUCAUCUUCAUCAACAGCAUCAGCCACAUCGACAUUUGUAAAGAAAAAGGGGAUAUUAUCAUCAUCAUCGCCAUCACCGUCAUUUGCGACUGCAUCUGGGUCUAUAUCGUCUUUGUCUACAGCAACGGCAUCAGCUAUGGCACCUAGGAAACCUAGUAUACGAUCUGUAGCCGUUGAGAUGUGGCAGAGAGCAGGCCUUCGUGGAUUCUACCGCGGUUUAGGACCGUCUCUUGUAGGGAUCUUCCCAUAUGCAGCGAUUGAUCUUUCAGUAUUUGAGACACUCAAGUUUGGAUACAUGCGAUGGAAGGCAGGAGUACAUGAAGGUGACGAAGGUAGUGAUGAGAAAUCAUUAGAGAGACCUAGUGUCUUUGUCUUGUUGGCCUGCGGAACCAUUAGUGGUAGUGUUGGUGCUACAUGUGUAUACCCACUCAGUCUUGCUCGAACGAGGUUACAAGCCCAAGGAACGCCUCAACAUCCACAAACGUACACUUCAACAUUGGAUGUCUUCAGAAAGACUUAUGAAAAGGAUGGUAUUCGAGGGUUCUACAAGGGCAUGGUCCCGACUUUGACAAAGGUUGUCCCUGCUGUUAGUAUCUCGUAUGUUGUUUACGAAUACAGUAAACGCGAACUUGGCCUCUAAAAAUUUUAUCAAUCUCUCUCUUUGAACAAGAAGAGGGCUUUGAGAUU